AUGAGAAAUUGCGAUAUUUGUGGUGAUUUGAUGCAGACUUCGCUCGAUGAAGCUUCUGAUGAGCACUGGAAUUCAAAUGAGAAAAAAAAAGAUUUUUUCCAGCAACCCUAUUAUCCAUUAUUAUUCAUUAUAAUGAUGCUAAGCAUAAUAUUUGUGGUCUUAACUACUUUAACAGUCAUCGCGACCCUCAUUCUUCCUAGCUAUAUUCUGCCAAUAAUCGCGUUGCUAAUGACAACCUCGUAUCCGAUUCUGAUCGCCGUCACCAAUUUCCUGUUGUGCCUCAAUCAGCUCUCAAUGGCGUUCUGGAAAUCGAGAUUCUUGAACGAGACAAUCCGCUGGUUCGGACCAUUGAUAUUCGCGUGCUCGAUUCCGUGGCUCAUUUCGCUGGCGGCUCUCUCGAGCCGAUAUGUGCUCGUCAUGGGAAGCGACGCAGUCGAUGAGGCGCCAAUUUCGCUCGUCGCCUUCUACGUCGAGCCGAUUGUCGAAUGGAUUCUCAUCGUGCUCACGAUGGCCGCCUAUUUUCUCAUCAUUCUCAAUCGGCAACAGUGCGCCAUCGAUUUUUCCGUCGUCAAACAGGCGUUUCCGAUUGUCUGCUUUCAAAUGGUGCUCGGCAUUUCGGUUGAAAUCGCUCAACUCUAA